UUAGUUAGCGGUGGCAUGCUAGCUAAUUUAGUAGACGCAAAGCUCUAUGAAGAACUAACUUAAGUAACGUUAGCUUUCUUACCUCCCUAAAAUGAACGUGCCAGUUACCAGUUUUUAAUUCUUGAUUUACAAUUAUAUGGGUUCAACCCGAUGCUAACUAGAGAACUAGUUAAUGCAACAGUCUGGCUUCAUUGACGCUGUUUUGUGAACUAGUAUUGGAGGAUGCCUCGUCACGAUCCUGACAGUUCUUCUGCAAGCCGGCACAAAGGUGCAGUACCCAAGCGUCGGCCUCCAGCCUCCACCGCGACUGCUUCAACAUCAAAGGCAAAGGCACCACGGCUGAGCAGACCAUCGGCCUCUGCCGUUCCUGCUCCCCCUCCGCGAAAAAAGACAAGGUUUCGCCCUGGCACCCGAGCUCUGAUGGAAAUUCGCAAGUACCAGAAGAGCACUGACUUGCUUUUGCGCAAGGGACCGUUUGCACGCCUGGUUCGGGAGGUGUGCCAGACUUAUACCAGGGACUUCAUGAGAUGGCAGGUGAACGCUCUUCUGGCCUUGCAGGAGGCUGCAGAGGCUUUCCUUGUUUUACUGUUUUCCGACGCCUACCUGUGUACAAUCCACGCCAAGCGUGUAACGCUGUUCCCCCGUGACAUUCAGCUUGCCCGGCGAAUUCGAGGAGUGGAUGACCUCUGAGAAUGAGCAGUUUGGCUUGGGAUAGGGUCUGUUGUAGCCUCUCUUCUUCUUGUCACUCAAGCUCAGCCAAGGUGACCAUGGACCAUGGGGUGUUGAGGACCUAACAAUGCUAUGUUUUGAUGCAAAGCAUUAGUGGACCUAAUUUGCCCCAAACACACAUGCAUUAUGUUCAUGCCAGUUAUAACCUCAGCAUAUUCUAUAACAACAUGCUAACUCCGGCAAAGACUAUUGACCAUUGUUUUGCAUUUAGAAACACCUAUUUUUUUGUACAUUGUGAAGGGAAAACACUGUUGGGUAUGCUGCUUUAGUUCAUCAGUGUUUUGGACCUCAUGGUACCUAAGCCAAGUUAGUAUACUGUUAAAAUCUGUAAAAUAUUAGAUUUUCUGUAAAUAAUUUAGAGAAAUUGUUUUCAUGUUUGAUUUAAAUAAAUGUUUUUAUUCGGUACAAAAACAA